UCUUGGAUGGAGUCUGCUGGGCGGAGUGGAAGGGACGCGAUUGGACGGCUUGGCGUGACGCAGGGGACAUGAAAAAGGCGAUAACUAGUUAAGAAGGCAGUUUGUAAGUCUGCAAAAAGAGUGCAGAGCUUGAGACAGGCUUUACGCACGGGACGGAGAGGAGCCGGCGCAAACGCACGCACACAGAAAGAGAGAGAGAGAGUGCGCAAGAGCCGCCUUGGCAGUGUGCGGCUGUUGGAGACACUGCAGCGUCCGGACGGAGACGAGGUGACUGGAAAGAGAGCCGGAGGGGGCGCACGAUGGUGCAGCACACAGACAACAGCGAGACGGACGGCAGCAUGUCCAGAGAGGCGACGGAUUCGGAGGAGAGUGAAUUUAUGGCGUGCAGCCCCGUGGCCAUCAACCCGGACUGGUGCAAGACGGCAACCGGCCACAUUAAGAGACUGAACGCGUUCAUGGUGUGGUCCAAGAUCGAGAGGAGAAAGAUCAUGGAGCAGUCGCCGGACAUGCACAACGCGGAGAUUUCCAAGCGCCUCGGUAAGAGGUGGAAGAUGCUGAAGGACAGCGAGAAGAUCCCGUUUAUCAGAGAGGCGGAGCGGCUGCGGCUAAAACACAUGGCCGAUUACCCCGACUACAAGUACAGACCCAAGAAAAAACCAAAGCUCGACACGUCCAAAUCAUCGGCGCCGUCUCCGGAGAAGUGCGCCAAAAUGACAAAGACCCCCAGCAAGAAGUGCUCCAAAAAGAAUAAGAGCGGCUCCAAAUCCGCGCACGGUUACGCGGAGGACUGCGUGUUUCCCGGCUUCAAAGUGACCAAGACUGUGAAAAGUGAGCUCACGGACGAGGACGACGACGACGACUACGAAGAGGACUACCGGAUGGGGAUUACUAAAGCGGGAGAGGAGGAGCGCAUGAGGCCGUACAGCGUCGCCAAAGUUCCGGCGAGCCCGACUUUGAGCUCCUCGGCCGAGUCGGAAGGCGCGAGCAUGUACGAAGAAGUGCGGAGCCACAACAGACUCUUUUAUAACAGAAACGCGAGCAAGCAGAGCGCGUUUCACGCCGCUUCUGUGUCACCAGCAUCCUCCAGGUCGGUCUCCACAUCCUCCUCCUCUUCCUCCUCCUCCAGCAGCAGCAGCAGCUCAUCUUCAGGCGACGACGCGGACGAUUUGCUGUUUGACUUUAGCCUCAAUUUCGCCUCCAGUGCGCCAGGAUCGGAGCUGGGCAACCCGAAUUCAGGAAACCUAUCCCUAUCCCUCGUGGAUAAGGACUUGGACUCGUUCAGCGAGGGCAGCCUGGGCUCUCACUUUGAGUUCCCAGACUAUUGCACGCCGGAACUCAGCGAGAUGAUCGCUGGGGACUGGCUGGAGGCGAACUUUUCCGACCUGGUGUUCACGUACUGAACUGAUUUUUUUUCUUUUUUUUUCAAAGGGUGACAUGAAAUCGUGCCUGUGUGUGUGUCCCCCUUUGUUUUUGUUUGUUUGUUUCUUUUUUUUUUUUUGGCCUGUUUGGCUUUCAAGAGAAGGGGAGGAGGAGGGGGCGUCCUGGACAAGGACGCAAAAGGUGAGGUUUGAGAAAUGAGAUGCAUAGCAAAAAAAAAAAAAAAAGGUUAAAAAUAAGUCUGCAGAUGUUUUUUUAUUUGUUUUUCUGGCAGCAUGACAGGGUUUUAUGGAUUUGUUUCCCCUUCAUAGGUCUGCAUUUACUGUUCAUCUUAAACGGACCGGAAAGGGAAAAUACAUGAACUUCUAUGCAUCUUAUCCUGUUUUAAAUUAAAAAGAAAAAACAAAAACAAAACAAAAAAAAAAAAAAUACCUGCAGGGAGCUAAAAACGGACUGUGGACUGACUCAAAAAUCUGUGAACUGGACGUUAUUUUAAUGCUUUAUAUAGUUUCUAAAGCCACAUUUUUUUAAUUUCUGUUUUUUGUAACUUGUUUCCGUUGUACCUCCUGGAUUUUUGGACAAAAUUUUAAGCAGCCUAAAAAAAACCUCCCUCUGCCGAAUACAAAGUGCAGAGGGAACAUUUUGAUACAUAACAGACCUCAUCUUUUUAAAAGAAAAGUAAGAUAUUUUCAGGCAUAUUUUUGUACAGUUCAAGACAAGACAAAAAAGGGAAUGUUCUUACUGUGCUUUCAGUGAGUUUCAGGCACUUCUUCCCUUUAUGUUUUUUUUUUUUUUGGUUUGAUUGUUUUGUUUUUCUAGCAUGCAAGGGAGUCCUGGUUUUAAGGAUUAAGUUAAAUUAAAACUUGCAUCAAAAAUGCCUUGUGAUUUAAACAAAAAAAAAAAAAAUACAGACUUAGGUUUUUUUUGUACAGUUGUAGAGCAGAUUUGUUGAGUAUUUGUAGACAAUACAAUGGCAUCAUGGGGGAACACAUACCUCAGAGCUGGAACUAGUUUCAAGAUUGUAUAUGUACUGUAAUAUAGUAAAGUUAGGAGUUUAUGUAUAUCAUACUCGUGAUAUGUGGAUGGGUCCCGAUCGCAGGUGUGAAACUGGAUUUUUUUUUUCUUUUUUAUUUUGUUAUUUAGUUUUUUUUUUUAUGGCACAUAACUGUCCCCCCUCCCCCUUUUCAUUUUUUUGUGCAAUAUAUCCUCUUUUAUGAUACAGACCAUCAACAAUUGUAGCAAGCGAUGGGAAUACAGGCGUGUGCACUGUCACCGUAAUGUCAUGUUGUGAUGCUGAAGCAGACAGGAAAAAAUAAAAUAAACAAAUCAGCUGGAACUGAUGCAAAAAAUACAGUCUGAUGACGUAUGGAUAGCUUGAAUGUCUCACAGGAUUGGUAUCUUUGAAUAUGUUACACAGCAAAUUAUAUGGAUCUGACUGACAAAUUACAAAUGUUCUGCAAUAAGGCAUAGUCUAAUGGUCUGGUCUCACAAAAAACAAGCCAAAAUAACUAAGUAAAUAAAUAAAAGAAGAAGAAGAAGGAGAAAAAAAAAACACAUUCCAUAGUCCUGUUUCAUAAAAUGAAACUUUUAUUUUAAAACUGACGACUGCCUUCUCUCUUUUUUUUUUGAAAACAUUAACCAUAAACCUGUAUUUUUUAUUUCUUGCACUUAAAAAAAAGCAGAUAUUGUUUAUUUUUAUGUGGGUCUUACAUAUGAAGUCUGUUUCAUAGAGGUUUUUUGGAAUAUGACUUAAUUAUAUGCCGAGACUUUUUUUUUUUUUUUGAAGUUCUAGGCAGUAGUUACUUCACAUUCCAAGUGUGAAUCUGUCCUUGACUCAUCUUUGAAUAAAUAAGUACAGUAUA